GCACCGGAUGUAAAACAACCCAAGCUCAGAUGCUACGAAAGAAGGUAUUCUGAUAAACACUUGUUGAGAAGAUGUCCGGUCGCGAAGGGUCAAGUCGAGAACCAGCUGGACUGGACGGUCUGCCACCGCUGUACAGCAUUGCCAAGGGAGAAGUUGUUUCUGUGCAAACCUACGGAGCCUUUGUCCGGCUGCCCGGGUACAGGAAGGAAGGUUUGGUUCACGUGAGCGAGAUGUCCGCCACCAGGGUUGAAAGUGCCUCAGAGAUCGUUGACGUCGGGGAACAAGUGUGGAUCAAAGUGAUCGGACGAGAUAUUCAGGGAGACAAGGUGAAACUGUCAUUCUCAAUGAAAGCUGUCAAUCAAGGGACAGGGCGGGACUUGGACCCUAACAAUGUUCAGGCAGAGCAGGAUGCAAGGAGAAGAAGGAAUUUUAGAGAUCAAGGCAGCAACAGAAUUACACUGGAAGCUGUUCUCAACACAACAUGUUCGAAGUGCGGCUGCAAAGGUCACUUUACAAAGGACUGCUACUCCGCUCCAGGCUCACAGUACGCUCUGGUGCCUGAAGAGGAUGAUGAAGAGCCGCAGCAGCAACAAGAGACCUCCAGAGCAGCACAGCAGCAGGAUGCAGACAAAAAGAAGAAAAAGAAGGAGAAGAAAAUGAAGAAGAAGAAGAAAAGGAGGGAAAGAAAGGAGUCGGAGAGCGACGGCAGCAGCGGUGAAUGCAAACCCAAGCGGAGACGUAAGAGCAGCAGCGCAGAAAGACAGGACAAAAAGAAGAAGAAGAAGCACAAAAAAGAGAAAUUGCACAAGCGCAGCUGAGACAGCAACAACACCAGACGCAUGCCUACAGUCACACACACUGCAGCAAACAGACGGACACGUUUCUAUUCAUUAUUAUUCCUGAAUAAGUAACUAAUUAUAUAAAACCUUAAUCUGGUAAAGUUUACUUCCUUAGUCAAGCAAAUAAAGUGAAACAUUUCUGAUGGAAACUCAAAAUGCAAUUCAUGUAAAACAAACAAAACAAGGUCAUGUGACCAUCUCCACUUGUCCUAAAGUGCCCUCGGACUCCCUCAUAGUCAGAGGACGCUACAUUAUCAGAUGUGUGUAAGUUAUAGGCAGCACAUGGCGGCCCCUUUUGAAACGUACACACAACUGAGUGAUCAGGUUUCCACGAGGCAGACUGUAGGUGGUACAGAUGAACCACACACACAAAGGAAACAGGAAGUGUAAUGUAGUGCAACAGGAUCCUUGACGUGCAGUGACAUCCUAAGGUUUCACAUCAUUUAUUGUCUCUAUAUGCAUGUUUUUCUGGGGGUGUCAGACCUCCAGAGAGGC